AUGUCUGCCGGCAAGCCAUCCUCAGCCAGCCCAUCACCAGGUGAUACCAAACCACCUAACAAAAGCCCAGAGGAUCAACCCUCUAACCGUCGACCACUGAUAAUAUGCGGACCGUCCGGAGUCGGUAAAGGAACACUCUGCCAAAAGCUAGUCUCUUCCCAUCCAGACUCCUUCGCCCUCAGCGUGUCCCACACAACCCGGAAACCACGAGCCAACGAAGUCGAAGGGAUAAACUACUUCUUCGUACAACCAGAGCAGUUCGCGUCUCUCAUCUCACAGAACGGUUUCGUGGAACACACAACCUUCAACGGCCAGAGUUACGGGACCAGUAAGCGGACUAUCUCGGACCUAGCGGGGAAGGGGUACGUCGUUAUACUUGAGAUAGAUGUGAAGGGAGUUGAGCGGAUAAAGGCCGAUUCUAGUAUUGAUGCGCGGUAUGUUUUCAUUCAACCUCCUAGCCUUGAGGUGCUGGAGAGUCGGCUCAGGGAACGUGGGACGGAAAGUGAAGUAGAUAUACGGAGGAGGUUGAAUAAGGCGAGUGUCGAGCUUGGGUAUGUGGAUUUUCCGGGGUUUUUCGAUAAGGUUAUUGUCAAUGAUGAUUUGGACAGGGCGUACGAGGAGCUCGUUGGGUUCGUAUACUCGUAG